GAGAUGGCUUCUCAACCAGGCAUUCUCACAGAUUGGCCAUGGAAGCCCCUUGGGAACUUCAAGUACCUAGUAUUGGCCCCAUGGGUUGCCCACAACAUUUAUUCUGUAGUGUUGAAUGAUUAUGUAGAAGAACCAUUUUACUAUUUGGUGCUCCCAUUUCUUUUGGCGAGAAUGCUUCACAACCAAAUAUGGAUUUCUCUUUCUCGUUAUCAAAUUGCCAAGGGCAACAACAGGAUUGUUGAUAAAGGCCUUGAAUUCGAUCAAGUUGACAGAGAAAGCAACUGGGAUGACCAGAUUUUGCUGCAUGGACUCUUGUUAUACAUAGGGUACAUGACAUUACCAGGGAAUAAUUCUCCCGUGCCUUUGUGGAGAACAGAUGGUGUGGUUCUCACAGCUUUAUUGCAUGCUGGUCCUGUGGAGUUUCUCUACUACUGGCUUCACAGAGCUCUUCAUCAUCAUUUUCUCUAUUCUCGCUACCAUUCUCACCAUCAUUCUUCUAUUGUCACUCAGCCUAUAACUUCUGUGAUUCAUCCGUUUGCUGAAAUUGUAGCAUAUUUUCUUCUAUUUGCAAUACCAAAUAUGAUAAUAAUAAUGUUCACAAGAACUACCUCUAUGGCCUCCAUUUUUGGUUACGCAUUUUAUAUCGAUUUCAUGAACAACUUGGGUCACUGCAACUUUGAGUUCUUCCCGAAGAAGCUCUUCUCUAUCUUUCCCUUCUUCAAGUAUCUCUGCUACACGCCAACGUUUCAUUCACUGCAUCACACCAAAUUCAGAACAAAUUACUCUCUUUUCAUGCCAAUAUAUGACUACGUUUAUGGCACUUGGGAUGAAUCCACAGAUGAUACUUACGAAGCAUCAUUGAAGAAAACAAAGGACUUGCCAGAUGUGGUUCACUUAACUCAUUUAACAACAUCAGAUUCCAUCUACCAUCUUCAAUUAGGCUUUGCUUCUUUGGCCUCAAACCCUCAAACACCAAAAUGGUACCUUUAUUUGAUGUGGCCCUUCACAUUUGUUUUUAAGCUAAUGGCUUGGAUCCUUGGUCGUACCUUUGUCUCAGAAAGGAAUAAUUUCGAAAAGCUCAAUUUGCAAACAUGGGUUGUAACAAGAUUUACUCAAGAAUAUCUCUUGAAAAGGAAGAGCAAAAGACUUAACAAGAUCAUAGAAGAGGCAGUUCUUGAGGCUGACUCAAUGGGCGUUAAAGUUCUUAGUCUAGGGCUUCUAAAUCAGAAAGAAGAGCUCAAUGCCUAUGGCCAAUUAUAUAUUCAAAAGUUUCCAAAACUAAGGGUAAAGGUUGUAGACGGAAGUAGCUUAGCUGCUGCCAUUGUUGUGAACAGCAUUCCCAAAGGGACGAAGCAGAUUCUUCUGCGGGGAAACUUUGAUAAGGUUUCUUUUGCUAUAGCCAACACUUUGUGUGAAGCAAAUGUUCGGGUGACUACGUUAUAUCAAGAUGAGUUAACAAAGCUUCAACUGGGACUCAACACAAAGCCUAGAGCACUUUCAACAGCUUCUUAUGAGAAGAAGAUAUGGUUGGUAGGAGAUGGAUGGGAUGAAGAUGAACAAAAGAAAGCACCAAAAGGAACAUUAUUCAUACCAUUUUCUCAAUUCCCUCCAAAACAAAUGCGAAAAGAUUGCUUGUACCACUAUACUCCGGCAAUGUUGGCUUCUCCUUCAAUCACAAAUAUGUAUUGUUGUGAGAAUUGGCUGCCAAGGAGGGCAAUGAGUGCUUGGCGUAUAGCAGGAAUAGUGCAUGCGUUGGAAGGAUGGAACGUACAUGAGUGUGGCUCUACCACUUUCAGUAUCACUCAAGUUUGGGAUGCAUGUAUUCGUCAUGGUUUCAAACCUUUGGACGCUCCUCUUUGA